UGUUAAACAAUCUCUUCUCCAUCUGAAAGCUGAACCAGUAACAUUAAAUCGAUCCAAGCUAAGGCUAUUCGCAGGUUCUUAGUUUCUGCUCGAUCUAAUUGGUUGAUUAAGACUAAAAUCUUUAUGCCUAUAAAUUAUUUUGCUCCAACUCACCAGGUAUACAACGACACUAUCAUAGCCUGAUUUUGGGGGUUUUUGUUAUCAGAGAUGUGAAUGAAAUGGAUGACCCAUUAACUGAGAUUGUAGCAGAAAGGAAGAGCAGCAGCAGAAGACAACCCAUUACCAAUCUGAUCUUUGAAUAUUGGUUCAUCCAUGUUGAUGAACUUUCUGAGAAGACUGCAACUUGUGUGGUCUAUACACUCUAUACCAUCUUUCUUCAGUACCAACUACCAUUCCCUCCCUUACAACUACCUUUUGAACUCUUGUUCCUCUCUUACUGACCUCAAAAGAAUCCAUGCUCGUAUUCUAGCAGAUGGGUACUCCCAAAACUUGGUUGUUGUCACAAAGCUAAUCACACUGGCUUCUAAUGUAGCUCCUUCCAUGGCCUAUGCUCGUAAACUGUUCGAUGGAGUGUCUGAGAGAGACGUCUUCAUGUGGAACACCCUGAUCAGGGGAUACACUGAUUUGGGUCCAUGCGAGGAAGCUUUAAUUCUUUACAAAGAUAUGCAUUCAUCUGGGUUCUUGCCUGAUCACUACACUUUCCCCUUUGUGAUUCGAUCCUGUGCUGUUCUCUCUGCUCUGCAGGAUGGGAAAGAAGUGCACUGCAAUAUAAUAAAGAAUGGUUUUGAUCUGGAUGUGUUUGUUCAGAGCUCCUUGGUUACUAUGUACUCCCAAAGCGGUGAGACUUUGAAUGCUGAGUUGAUUUUUGAAGAAAUGGCUUUAAGGAAUAUAGUUUCUUGGACUGCCAUGAUUGCGGGUUAUGUACAGAAUGGUUUUUAUAAGGAGGGACUGUGUGUUUUUAGGAGAAUGGUCGCUUCUGGGAUUCAACCCAAUGCGGUUACCCUUGUCAGUAUUCUUCCUGCUUGUGCAGGGUUGGAAACCUUGAAUUUAGGAAAAUUGAUUCACGGUUAUGGGAUUAAAUUGGGUGUGGAUUCUGAUAUCUCAUUGGUGAAUUCUUUGAUUGCCUUAUAUGGUAAGUGUAGAAACAUCAAGAUAGCUCGGUCAUUGUUUGAUCAGAUGGUGACCAGGAACUCGGUAUCAUGGAAUGCCAUGAUUGCUGCAUACGAACAAAGUGAUGCUGGUGGGAAAGCAAUUAAGCUCUUCUGCAGGAUGCAAAAUGAGAGGUUGGAAUUUGAUUACAUCACGUUGGUCAGUGUGAUUUCCGCUUGUGCUAGUUUGGGAGCAUUGAACACGGGACGAUGGGUACAUGAACUUGUCUCUAGAAAAGGACUUGAAACUAAUGCUUCAAUAGCAAAUGCGCUUAUAGACAUGUAUGCCAAAUGUGGAAGCAUAGAUUUAGCCAAAAAUGUUUUUGAGAUAUUGCCACAAAGAAGUGUUAUAUCUUGGACUGCCUUGAUUGGGGCUUGUGCAGCUCAUGGGCAUGGAGUAUAUGCGUUGGAGCUCUUCCAAAAAAUGCAAGAGGAGGGGGUGAAACCAAAUACAUUCACUUUCACUGCUGUCUUAACUGCUUGUAGGCAUUCCGGUCUUGUAGAAGAAGGGAGAAGGUAUUUUGACAGCAUGAGCAGAGACUACUCUAUAAUGCCUGGUGUAGAGCAUUGCUCAUGUAUUGUAGAUCUUCUUGGUCGAGCUGGUCGGCUAAUAGAAGCUUAUGAAUUCAUCAAGAUGAUGCCAGUGGAACCAGAUGUUGGUGUCUGGGGGGCUUUGCUUGGUGCUUGCAGAAUCCAUUGGAACCUUGAGCUGGCUGAGCGUGUUGCUAUGCAUCUGUUCCAAUUAGACCCUCAAACUGUCACAUACUAUGUGCUUAUGUCAAACAUCUAUGCAGAAGCCGGCAGAUGGGAAGAUGUAGCAAGGAUGAGACUGCUGAUGAAAGAAAGAGAGUUGAAAAAGAUACCUGGCUGCAGUUUUGUAGAGAUAAAUAGGAGGUUCCAUACAUUUCUAUCAGGACCAAAAUCGCGUACUUCAUGA